AUGGCUCCCAGAGUCGUCCUCAUCCGCCACGCGGAAGCGCUCCACAACCUGGCCUAUAAGUCUUUCCCGAGAACCCCCAGCCGCCGACUCCCAUCCGUCCAUCCGUCCCUCACCGACCGCGGCGAGCUGCAAUGCAUGCCCCUGCGCGAGUCGCUCUUCCGCCGAUUCGGCGCCGUGCCGCGCGAGGACGUCGCCGUGAUUGUGAGCCCGAUGCUGCGCACCCUGCAGACCGCGACGCUGUGUCUCGACUGGCUGGUCGGCAGGGUGCCGUUUGAAGCAAGCGCAGAUUGGCAAGGGGCGAGGCCGGGGGGCGGGGGCAGGGUGAGAACAGAAAACAGCGCGUGCCCCUGCAACACGGGCCGGCCGUGCGCGGUCUACGCGCCGGCCUUUCCGCACGUCGACUUUUCCCGCGUCGAUCCGGUCUGGCCGGACAAGACGUCCGGGCGCGCGGCGCGCUACGGCUGCACGCGGAGCGCCGUCGUGGAGCGCGGCAGGCUGUGUCUCGAAGCGCUGCACAGCAGGCCCGAGAAGCUGGUCUUUGUGGUCUCGCACGCGGGGUUCCUCCGCACGGGCGUGGUGGGGCACUGGUUCAUGAACGGCGACUACAGGAUAUUCGACUUUGCGCAGGGCGCGAGCGAUGGGCGCAGGGUGCUCAGGCAGGACGCGAGCACCGUGGCAGGCGGGCUGGGGUUGUCGCUGGAAGAGAGCGUGCCGUUGGGAGACGGGCUGCCCGAGCAUUGA